AUGCGCCCCCGCACCGCCCCCCGCGCCCCCGCGGGGCGCGCCGCCGCCGCGCUCGGGCUCUGCAGCCUCCUGCUGCUGCUCCGGCCCGGGCGCGCCUGCCCCGCGGGCUGCGCCUGCACCGACCCGCACACCGUGGACUGCCGCGGCCGCGGGCUGCCCAGCGUGCCCGACCCCUUCCCCCUGGACGUGCGCAAGCUGCUGGUGGCCGGCAACCGCAUCCAGCGCAUCCCCGAGGACUUCUUCAUCUUCCACGGCGACCUGGUCUACCUGGACUUCAGGAACAACUCGCUGCGCUCGCUGGAGGAGGGCACGUUCCGCGGCUCGGCCAAGCUCGCCUUCCUCGACCUCAGCUACAACAACCUGACCCAGCUGGGCGCCGGCGCCUUCCGCUCGGCCGGCAGGCUGGUCCGGCUGAGCCUGGCCAACAACCGCCUGGAGGGCGUGCACGAGGCCGCCUUCGAGACCCUGGAGUCGCUGCAGGUGCUGGAGCUCAACGACAACGACCUGCGCAGCCUCAGCGUGGCCGCCCUGGCCGCGCUGCCCGCGCUGCGCUCCCUGCGCCUGGACGGGAACCCCUGGCUCUGCGACUGCGACUUCGCCCACCUCUUCACCUGGAUCCAGGAGAACGCGUCCAAGCUGCCCAAAGGCCUCGAUGAAAUCCAGUGCUCCCUGCCCCCCGAGAACAGGAGGGUGUUCCUGCGCCAGCUGUCGGAGGCCAGCUUCAGCGAGUGCAAGUUCAGCCUCUCGCUCACAGACCUGUUCAUCAUCAUCUUCUCGGGCGUGGCCGUGUCCAUCGCCGCCAUCAUCUCCAGCUUCGUCCUGGCCACCGUGGUGCAGUGCUUCCAGAGGUGCACCCCCAGCAAGGACGCCGAGGAGGAAGACGAGGAUGAGGACGACUGAGCCGCCCCUCCCGUUCCUCGCUUCCCAGAAGCCACGCUGGUGGUUCCCCUCCGAGGAGAGAGGGAAAUGCUGAGACCCACGCGGUCAGUGCCCUGAGCCGCCCAGAGUAGUGCCUGCUCCACGCCUUGGACCCCGGGAGCGCUCCGGGUGUGACCUGUGACCUCAGAGCGUAUAAUCCGCAGCCCGAGGAGCUCAGGAAGGCUUCCUGGAGGAGGGGCUGCCGCCCAGCGUUGGGGUGCGUGGGGAGAUGAUGGAGUCAGGCUUCACAGCUGCCGGCGGGAAACCAGCCCAGGGGACACGAGACUUGCAGCGCUCGCCCACAACGAUGACUUUGUGACAUCCAGGUCUCCGACCUGGCCUGGGCCAUCAGGCCGCACCUCCUUCCUCCCAGGAGGCGGCUGCCCAGACAGUGGGGGUUGGGGUUCAGGUCCCUCUGCCACGUUCGGCUAACAUGGCACCGAGGAGAAAGCCAAGAGCCGGCCGGAGGGUGUUUGUUGUUCCAUUCUGGUUGGGAAAACGUUUGUGGACAGAAACCAAACCUCGAUCCUUCCCCCCGAGGCAGCGGCCCGCAGAGGAAGGACAGUCGCUUUGAACAGCCCGAUGGGCUCUGCUCAGAGUCACUCUUCCCUCUGGCGUUUCCCUCCCUGUC